AUGCAAGAAUUCUGUAUAACGACUAAUAGUCACUCUCCCUACGAUUCAGACAAGUCAAAUUUUACACUCUUCUCUCAAAUGUUAACCUCAACGACUCUUUUGGAUGAUUCAGAAAUGAUGAUGACAACAAUGAAUGGUUCAACAACCAGCAAGGUCACCAUUCCACAGCUUUCUCACUUUCAUAGUGGCAUUACCGAUGAAAUGAUCAAGAAUAUCAUUGCACCACCAGAGUCAUCACAGACCUCCAACCAACAUUUGAUGCUUGAACAUCUCUUGAUGCUCGCUGACGGCGGUGAUGAUCGUUCCUCUAAUUCUUCCUCGUUGCAUCCUAAUACUUAUCAUGAUGCUCUCACGCCCUCCUCGUCCGUGCUAUGGAAUGAUAUUAGUGCUGACCUGACAACUACGAGUAUGUGUUGUGAAUCUCCACCACUAGCAUCCAACACUGCAACGUCGUCAAAUUCGGCAACACACAUGAAUGGGUCAUCAUCCUCUUCUAUCCAUCAUCAUCAUGAAGAGACAGAGAUUACAACACGUCGCUGGCAGAGUGAAAGUAGUAGUCGACGCUUCUCAAUGAAAAACCAAGAAGAGGUCUUUCGUAUCAUUGAUGAAGAGUUGAGACAUGUCCAUUCUUCACUAGGUCUGAAGUGGUCCAUGUUGAACAGGACAACCUCUCGUCCAAGCGUGUCUUGUACAAACAACCACUUGACGCCCAAUGUUGUGGAGAGCAAGUUCCAUGUCGUACUGAAUCCAAACCACACUUUCAAGAUGCAUCAGAAGAAUGAUGAGCAGCUGCAUUCCAACGUCUUGCCAACAACAAGCAAGAACACAAACCAGUUGCAUACAGCCAUUUCCCAAUGUAUUAUACCAGAGAUGAUGUCAACCAUAUCGUCUCAAAACAAGAACCAACAUAUUGAUUCAACUCUCGAAUCGAGCGAUUCAUCCACAUGCAGUAGCAGCACCUUUGUCACUGCUACAAAGAAGAAGACGAGAAAAUCGACUUCACAAACUAAAAUUUCAAAGUCAAACAAGACUUCCCAAAUGCAUCCUAGUAUGAAAUAUAGAGUCAGAUUCGGCCAUAACUUGUUUGAAGAGAUUACAUUCAAGAAAACAAAUCCUCAUCAAAAGUUUAUCAUCUUCAAAUAA